UAAUUGUUGUGAUAAACUUAUUAAAUAGGUUAGAAAUAGAUUUAAAUAGGUCCUUUCAGACGCAAUUUCAAUUCGCAGUUCCAAUCCACUGCGUCGAAUGCCAAGAUGAUCGAAGUCUCUUCAGAAGAAGACGAGUCUGAGACCGAGACCGACUAUUUCUAUCAACCAGACAGUCGUGGUCUCUGUCUCCCUCCGGGCUAUGUAUUGCCCCCGGGUAGAAGAGCGGCCGACAACAGAUCAGCAUCGCACACUCACCUGGCGCCAGUGUCGCCUCUGUCUCAGAAGCCGAGGAAUAGUACUGUGAACAAUUCUGGACUAUCGGCGUCUGCAGCUAUCAGUCCGUCCAAGUCGGGGCCAUCUAAAGAUUCUACGGAUGGAAUGCACUCUCGGAAGAACAGCUCAACAGCACUGAAGAUGGGGAGGUCUCCCAGUCCUACUCCCUCUUUGGAGGCUGCUGAAGAGAAGAUACCAAUGAGUCCAGCUGAUGAAGAACAAAACAGGCAUGACAGGUACCAACUAUACGUCGUGGUUUUGCGCGCCAUAGCGUACCCCUUCAAUGCGAAGCAGCCGACUGACAUGGCAAGGAGACAGCUGAAGAUGAGUGUGAGUCAGCUGGACCACAAUCGGAAGAGGUUCCUCAUGUUCCUGAAGAACGAGAUGCCACAGAUACAGAGUGACGAGGCAUUCUUCAAUGCUGUCAAUCACUAUAACGACACAUUCCUCAAGAGCAGCAGAAUAGAAAAGCUCGUGAAGUGUGGUGGCAUCUCGGCGCAUGACUUCCGGGAGGUGUUUAAGAAAAUGAUAGAGAAAAGAGUAGCUUCUUUGCCCGACAUCGAAGGACUCAGCAAAGAGACAGUUCUAAACUCAUGGCUGACCAAAUAUGACGUCAUCACAAGAGGGGAGGAGGGAAGCAAAAUGGCGACGAGGUUGACCGCUCCUCUGUCAGAGACAGCACUGGGCAAAGAGGAGUUGUACAAUAUGUUUCAAGGGGUGUUGGGGAUCAAGAGAUACGAGCACCAGCAGUUAUACAGUCUGAUGCAGUUGGACAGUGCGGACGAACAGAGUUCGGUGAUCAGAAAGGAGUUGAAUGCGCGCAAGCAAUAUGCAGAGGGACUAGCCAAGACGAAGAAGCUGCCGAAGUUUUUGCACAAGGGCAUGGACCAGAUGUUCAUGGAGGAGAUUAACAGCCAGAUCCAGAUGCUCAUGCACAACCUGGACUGUCUCCCAGUCUCCUCGGCUAGAGGGGCUAUGUCCUCAUCUGCCACAGGGAGACCCUCGGGUUUCUCAACCGUACUAAGGACCAAAAAGACUCCAAAUGCCCUUCUGGACGGGACAGGAGAGCAAGACGUGCGACUGUGCAAGAGUGAUAUUGCACUGUCGUUCUACGUGGAGGUGACUGUAGUUGAAGUGCAGAACCUGAAGAAUGUGAAUGGGGGCAAGAUAGUGUUCUGCACCAUGGAGUUGGAGGGAGACAAGAGGCUGCAGACUGACCACGCGGAGGCCAACAAACCCCAAUGGGACACGCUGGGUGAGUUCACGACUAGUCAGCCACUGCCGGUGCUGAAGGUGCGUCUCUUCACAGAAGCCACUCAGUUCUACCAGUUGGACGACAAGGAGCUCGGAAGAGUGGUAUUGACGAUUAACCCGAACUUCAACAGCAACAAAACUCAGCAGUGGUUUGACAUGGAGGAGCCGGGAGGGGGAGGGGGCAAGAAGAAGAAAGAGGAACAAGACACGGUUGAGCAACUGAAGGUCAAGCUGAAGAUUCUCAUGGACAGACCCCAGAACAUCAAGAACUGCGGGUACCUGUGGUCUCAAGGAAAAGACCAACUGUGGGCCAAACUGAAGAAGCGUUUCAUGGUUCUCAUCCAAGUCAGUCAAUACACAUUCGCCCUGUGCUACUAUCGCAAGAAGAAGUCGGAACCCUCGGAUAUCCUUCAGCUAGAUGGAUUCACAGUCGACUAUUCCGAGCCCAAAGAAGGCCAAUCCCCAAAACUGUUUUACUUCAACGCUGUAAAGGAAGGCCAAUCGGCAGACUUCGCUGCUGAAAAUGAGAAUGAGCGAACCGGGUGGAUAACUGCUUUGGUGCGAGCCACAGGGCAGAGCUAUAGACCAGAACCUCCAACCAGGGUUAAAUCGCAGCAGAUAAAGUCAAGUGACAGUGCCAAAUUCACCCAGUUUAUAAAUGCCAGUGUGGAAACCAUUGAUCAUCAUGUGAUGUUCAGGAAACUGCAGAGUUUGACCUUGAAUUACAGACUGAGCGACACGUAUUGUAGCCUAGGCUGGUUAUCUCCGGCGCAGGUGUUCUUGCUGGACGAGUACUGUGCUAGAUAUGGAGUGCGUGGCUGCCAUAGACACCUUUGCUACCUACAGGACCUCAUGGACAAGGCCAGAGUAGGAUACCUCAUCGAUCCAACCCUCAUACACUACUCGUUCGCAUUCUGCGCGUCACACAUACAUGGAAACAGACCGGAUGCGAUUGGGACAGUGACUGUGGACGAGAAAGAGAGAUUUGAGAACUUGAAAGAGUCCCUCAGAGAGUAUCUGGAGAAACAAGUCACCAAUUUCAGGUACUGCUUUCCAUUCGGCCGACCAGAAGGAUCCCUGAAAGCUACGGUGUCUCUGUUGGAGAGGGUAAUUCGCGAAGCUCACACAGAGGUGUUGAUGAAGGAUGUCGUGACCCCCGCCCCGCCCGAAGAGGUGUGCAAAGUGGUGAAGAAGUGUCUGGAAGGAUCUGCGCUGGUUAAUUACACAAAGAUAUCGGACUACGCCGAAGUCGAAGAUCCCUUGAACACGGACGAGCCCACUCCCAGACAGAGACUGGAAAGGGUGAUCCGAUUGGCGGAACUGUGCUGCGAGGUGCUCACCCAGAACGACGAAUACCACGCAGAGGAAAUGCGCAACUCCCAGGCCUUCUGUUGGUUCGAGGGUGCCAUGGCCGAGCACUCGGAGAUGUUCUGGAGCAUGUUUCUGGUGGACAUGAAUGCUGCUCUGGAGGUGCAGCCGCCCGACUCCUGGGACUCAUUCGAACUGUUCCAGGUGCUCAAUAACUGGCUGCAGACCAGCAACAUGCUGCGCAAUGGGAAGUUCCACACUCAGAUGUGUGACCUGUUUGCUCCUCAGCUGAUCAGAUAUGUGGACCUGAUGGAGACCUCGAUUGCACAGUCCACUCAGAAGGACUUCGACAAGGAGAAGUGGAUCACUCCUGAUGAACGUCGCAACCAGCACAAGGGCGAGACUUUGGGAGUGGAGCCGAGAGGUGCGAUUGCGAGUGACAACCUCAUCCACAAGCUAUGUGCUCUGCAGGACUUCAUGCACGACAUCAACUGGCCCGAUCUGGAGUUCAGAGACCACCUGGACCAGAGGCUGAAGCUGCUGGCUGCUGAUAUGGUGGAACAAGCAGUGCGAAAGACAAAGACGCAUUUCGACAACCACAUCGCGAAGGGAGGAACAGGCACUGGCUAUCUCAUCCCCAACAGCAUCUGUGUCAUGAUCAACUGUCUACUCGACUGCGAUGAUAAGGCCGACAAGCUGACGCGUGGACGUCAAGACUCAAACCAAUACCAUGCACAAGUGCCAGAACUAAUUAGGACCACUCUUGGUGAAUGCAAAGUGGCCGUCGCAGAAAAGCUGGAUCUGAUACUGGAGAGUACUCUGUCUUCUCUGGCCAGAUACGACGAGUCCAAUGUGCUCUCUUCCGUGUUCACUUUCACCACCAACAUCAAAUCUAAAUUCUCGCUUCCCGCUUUCUCCAAACCACAAGCUAAACCGGGACAGGAUCAGUCUCAGAAGCAGCAGCCGACUGCUGGCCAGGACUUGGCCCAGCCUUACAUGACAUUCGUGAGGAAGAAUCAGCAGAAGUUGCACGAGCUACUCAUCGACGAAGACUACGUCCUAGAAAUAUUCAUUUUGUGGUACAAGAAGCUGAUGAAAAUGGUCAGCUCUUGGCUGUGUGAAAGAGCGUCCCAGCAGUUGCAUAUAUUCCAACUCAUUACACUGUCUACUAUUCUCAAAAAAACGUACAAGUCGUUCCUGCUGGAAGGAGUGAUGGAGAGUGAAUUGGAGAGUGGGGACUACGAGGCUGCCAAGAAGAGACUGACGUGUGAGGAGACCACUGCUCUCAUGAGUGAAAAUGCCUCCUUCAUCACAGAGCGCAUGAACGACUCAGACGGAGGGGGAGGGGCUGACGACUACGACGAAGACGACGACGACUACUAACUCAGCAUACGAUCUCAUUCUUCUUACUUUUCCGCUGCAUUUGUUGAAAUUUGAUUGCCAGUCGAAAUUGGAUUACAAGUUGAAUUGCAGCAAAUAAUUUAUUUGACAGAAUAAAAGCCUAUUGAGACUCGUUAAGUUUAUUUACUUGGAUUUUAUGGAAAAAAGCCAGCCAUAAGUGAUGGUCUAAAAGGGUCAACAAUUUGAACCGAAGUCCAAAUUUUUCGUUUCAUCUCUUGUUAACUUUGCUUUGCAUUUUCAUCGCAGUAUUAUUGUGUUGCUUCAUUGUAAAAUUGUUGCUUCCGAGAUUGUCCUUCCUUUAAAAUUCCCAAAUACGUUGCUGCCUGUAUCAUAAUUAGUCUCAGUAAUAAACCCCAUUCACUACCUACCAAAUUCGCUGCUUAAAAUGUCGUCACUUCAGUGCUCUAAAGUUUGCUCCAGAUUCAGAGUUAUUCAUUGUUAAUAUUUAUUAGUAGAUUAAUAUUGAAUGCAGAAUUUAAGAGAAAUUUACAACAUUUUGCAACAAAUUCAAUCAUCUUUUCAUCCCGUGGGUGCAGUAUUGUAUGAUGGAAUCUAUGAAUAUCCGCGUUUUGGGAAUUCA